AUGGGAAAUUGCUGUUGCCCAGAAAAGGAAAACGAAAGUGUUGGUAAAAAGCCACCAAGAAAUAAAGAUAAAAAUGACAAUUAAAAUGUAGCUCAACCAGUUGAUUUUGAAAUGGAGUUCAAAGAAAUCUAUUUUAUCGUUAAAGUAGGAGAUAUUACAAAGGAAACUGCAGACGCAUUGGUUUCUGGUACAGAUAAUUAUGUUAGAAACCGUUCUAAUUCCUUCUUGACUCCUGCAAUGACCGACUCUUUGAAUAAAGUAGUUGCAGAGAAGAGAGGAGCUGCUGCACAAGAACCUCUAUUGAAUGGAGAAAUAAUUCUUACAGGACCUGGCUGCUUGCGUAAUGUCUAAUCAGUUUUCCAUAUUUCUGUUCCUCUUUGGAGAGGUGGUAGACAUAGAGAAAUGGAGAUUUUGUAAUAAGGAUUUUCUAAAAUUUUAGAAGAAGCAAAUAAGAACAACAUUACUUCAAUCAUUUUCACUGAUAUAGCAGCCUAAUUAUUUGGUAUUCCAAAAUAAAUUACUGCACAAGCUAUGAUGAAAGCAAUUCACGAAUAUGCAACUAAAUAUCAAGGCUAAAGUAAAAUCAAAACCAUCAAAUUUGUGCAUAAGGAGCGCUAGACCGUUCAAUUAUUUGAGGACUUUUUAAGAUAAGAAGCAGGUGUGAGAACGGAAAAGGUAUAAUCUGAUUACAGCGAUGCUUUAUAAGGAUCAAAACUAGAAAAUGAAAUAUAAACUAAUCUUAAAGAACCUCUUUUGAAUUAAGAAUAAAAUAAUGUUGAUGAGACUAAGUAAUCAAUCAAUCCUGCAGAAAGCUCUGAUUGA